AUGUCUCGCGGCCAAUCGACUACACGGCUAACGCGUUCUACAUCAAAGGCUUUGGAGAACUAUGUAUCGCCCGUGAAGAAAACUAAAAGGGGAGAUGAUGUGACCCCCCCCCCCCCCACCCCACCGAUGACGCCGGGCUUGAAUGUGAUUGUUCUUGAUGGUGAAUCUGGAGUCGACCAUUACGAGAAAGGUGUGGGAAACGCCAAUUUUUCGGCACAAAAAUUGUCAACGAAGGGUACCACAAGGUUUAAGCUCCCUCAAACCGUAAGCUACAGUGAGGAGGAAGUGAAGCUGGUUCACUAUAUCUUUGCUGAAGAUCUUCCACCUGACGAGCUUUUGGUCCAAACUAUGACGGAGGUUUAUAGCCGUAAGACAUUGUGGAGCUUAUGCCCUGAGUCAUGUGUCAAUGCUGGUGUAAUUACAGCAUUAGCUUGCCACUUGACCCUUGACGAACAUUGGAGGGAUGCUAGUCGUAGAAAAUGCGUGUGCUUUCUGCCUGCAAAAUUUCAGGAUCUGGUCAUGAAUUAUGGCAUGACACCUAGAAUUGCAUUAGAGACAUUCCAUACCAAAUUCCUUUCAAAAGCUCUUAACUUCAGAAAGGUGUGUCUGCCAGUGCAAGAUACGAUGGAUGAUGGAGGAAUCCAGUGGAUUUUGAUGCAACCUGAUGGGGACAAGCUUGUUCCCUCACUUCUUUAA